AUGCCUACUGCCUCCUUUAGGGAUCCAGCCAGCCAAGAGCAAGGCAGCUGGCCAGGGAAGAAGGUGAAGGGAACAGCAUGGCAAAGCUCAGGAGCAGAGCCCAGUCCAGACCGAGAAUGCACCCAUGCCACUAGCUCUGUGGCAGCAAGUAUGGCCAGCCUACUGAUCAUUUCCGUCAUCUCCUGCACUCAUGCCAGCACUGAGAAGGCAGUGCAGGAGGACUGGACGUUUUUCAGCACCAGUCUGUACUUCAUCUCUACUGGAGAGAAGAGCUGGAGUGAGAGCAGGCAGGACUGCAGAGUGAGAGGAGCAGACCUGGUGAUCAUAAAUACCAAAGAAGAACAGGAGUUCAUCCUCAAAAAUCUGGGCAGCAGUCGAGCUUGGAUUGGCCUGACUGACAGUGAAAGAGAGGGCGAAUGGAAAUGGGUUGAUGGCUCAGCACUGACCACUGGGUUCUGGGAUAAAGGAGAACCAAAUGAUGAUCAGAAAAAUGAGGACUGUGCUGAGAUUGUGAAUUUGCCAAUUAAGAAGGGCUGGAAUGACAUGCCAUGCUCUUACAAAGAACGGUGGAUCUGUGAGAAAUGAUUUUUAGUGGUAAAUUGAUACUUACUUAUAAAAUGAUACCAACCCUGAUCCUGGAGGUCGACCUUCCUGUGGACUG